CGCCGGCGCUCCUGCUGCCGCCGGUGUCCGUGGACGCCAGGACCAAGCAACUAGUCGCCGUUGAUGAAGAGGGGCACUUGGCUCUUGCACAUCAGAGCUACAGAUCAGGAAAAUAUAGUCAGGCACUGGAGCAUGGAAAUGCUGUUUACGAGAAGAACCCACGUCGCACUGAUAAUCUACUUCUUCUGGGGGCUAUUUAUUUCCAGCUUCGUGAUUAUGAUCUGUGCAUUGCAAAGAAUGAAGAGGCCCUGGCUAUUGAUCCACAAUUUGCAGAGUGUUACGGCAACAUGGCGAAUGCUUGGAAGGAGAAGGGCGACAUUGAUCUCGCAAUUCGUUACUAUUUAACAGCUAUUCAGAUACGUCCAGCUUUUUGUGAUGCAUGGUCAAACCUUGCAAGUGCAUAUACACGCAAAGGGAGAUUGAAUGAGGCAGCACAAUGCUGUAAACAAGCGCUUGCCCUGAACCCAUGUUUGGUUGAUGCACAUAGUAAUCUAGGGAAUCUAAUGAAAGCCCAGGGGCGUGUGCAAGAGGCAUACGCUUGCUAUCUUGAAGCAAUACGAAUAGAUCCGCAGUUUGCAAUUGCUUGGUCAAAUCUUGCUGGCCUGUUUAUGGAGGUUGGGGACCUCAAUAAGGCUAUGCAGUAUUACAAGGAAGCUGUUAAACUUAAGCCAUCUUUUGCUGAUGCACAUCUUAACCAAGGGAAUGUGUACAAGGCUAUGGGAAUGCUACAGGAGGCAAUUGCUUGUUAUCAGCGUGCUUUGCAGGCUCGCCCCGACUAUGCAAUGGCUUAUGGUAAUCUUGCUACUAUCUACUAUGAGCAACGCCAGCUCGAUAUGGCAAUUCACUGUUACAGUCAAGCUCUACUGUGUGACCCUCGGUUUGUGGAAGCAUACAAUAACAUGGGUAAUGCACUUAAAGAUGCUGGGAGAGUAGAAGAGGCAAUUAAUUGCUUCCAAUCGUGCCUUAUGUUGCAGGCAAACCAUCCACAGGCUCUUACUAACCUUGGAAAUAUCUACAUGGAGUGGAACAUGAUAAGUGCGGCUGCUUCAUUCUACAAAGCUGCAAUUGCUGUUACAUCUGGGUUGUCUUCUCCACUCAACAAUUUGGCAGUCAUAUACAAGCAGCAGGGAAGCUAUGCUGAUGCUAUUGCAUGUUACACCGAAGUACUUCGUAUCGAUCCUACUGCAGCUGAUGCACUAGUUAAUAGAGGAAACACAUUUAAGGAGUUCGGAAGGGUAGCUGAGGCAAUUCAGGAUUACGUACAGGCCGUGACAAUCAGGCCAACAAUGGCGGAAGCUCACGCGAACUUAGCCUCGGCUUAUAAAGAUAGUGGACAUCAAGAAGCAGCUAUAGCUAGCUAUAAACAAGCUCUUUGUCUCCGUCCUGAUUUUCCAGAAGUAACGUGCAACCUUCUGCAUACUCUACAGAGUGUUUGUGACUGGGAAAACAGAGAGACUAUGUUCCAUGAGGUUGAAGAUAUAAUCAAACGGCAGAUUAAGAUGUCACUUCUGCCAAGUGUGCAGCCAUUUCAUGCUAUUGCUUAUCCUAUUGAUCCAUUGCUCGCCUUGGAAAUCAGCCGCAAAUAUGCAGUCCAGUGCUCGUUGAUUGCUUCGCGCUUUGGGUUGCCACCAUUUGUCCACCCAUCCCCUUUACCUAUCAGAGCAGAGGGUAAACAUGGUCGACUCAGGAUUGGAUAUGUUAGUAGUGAUUUUGGUAAUCAUCCUCUUUCCCAUCUCAUGGGUUCAGUAUUUGGAAUGCAUGACCGUGGCAAUGUUGAGGUUUUUUGCUAUGCGUUGAGUCAAAAUGAUGGUACUGAAUGGAGACAGCGUAUCCAAGCUGAGGCAGAGCAUUUCAUCGAUGUGUCUGCCAUGACGUCAGAUGUGAUCGCGAAAAUGAUAAAUGAAGACAAAAUACAAAUUUUAAUCAAUCUUAAUGGCUACACAAAGGGUGCAAGGAAUGAAAUUUUUGCUAUGCAACCAGCACCUAUUCAAGUCUCAUACAUGGGGUUCCCAGGGACUACGGGUGCUUCUUACAUAGACUACUUGGUCACUGAUGAGUUUGUUUCUCCAACUCGCUAUGCACAUAUAUACUCCGAAAAGCUCGUUCAUCUCCCACACUGCUACUUUGUCAAUGACUACAAGCAGAAAAAUUGUGAUGUCUUAAGUCCCGUGUGCCCGCAUAAAAGAUCAGAUUAUGGGUUACCUGAGGAUAAGUUCAUCUUUGCAUGCUUUAAUCAGCUUUAUAAGAUGGAUCCAGAAAUAUUUGAUACAUGGUGUAAUAUUGUCAAACGUGUUCCAAACAGUGUGUUGUGGCUCUUAAGGUUUCCAGCCACUGGUGAAAUGAGAGUAAAAGCGCAUGCUGCUGCAAGAGGAGUGAGCCCUGAUCAGAUCAUAUUCACAGAUGUUGCCAUGAAACAUGAGCAUAUCCGAAGAAGUGAAUUAGCAGAUCUUUUUCUUGACACGCCCCUUUGCAAUGCACACACAACCGGUACUGAUAUUCUAUGGGCUGGCUUGCCGAUGAUCACACUUCCACUAGAGAAAAUGGCAACCAGAGUAGCUGGUUCCCUCUGUUUAGCGACUGGGCUUGGAGAUGAGAUGAUAGUUAACAACAUGAAGGAGUAUGAAAACAGAGCAGUUGAACUGGCAACAAACCCGGCAAAACUCCAAGCACUGACUAAUAAGCUUAAAGAAGUCCGUCUAACAUGUCCAUUAUUUGAUACGGCUCGAUGGGUUCGGAAUCUUGAUAGGGCGUACUUCAAGAUGUGGAACCUUUAUUGCGCUGGCCGCCAUCCGGAGCCGUUUAAGGUAAAGGAAGACGACAACGAGUUCCCAUAUGACAGAUGAGUGGCGUGAAAUCUCGGCUGUGUAGAUAAAAGCAGAGUUGUAACAUAGUCUUAUGUCAGUAACUCGUAUGUCUGCGCCCUGUCCUGUACUAUCUCGUGUGGAGUCCUACAUAUGUACCCAAGAGAGAGUCAUUUAGGUUUAGUCAUCUAUUUAUGUGUGCCAACAAAAAAUUAUAGUUUUGUUGGUACCUGAUUGUUGUACUAUCAACCCGAGCUUCUGCCUUGACAGGAUGUUGGUUAAACUUAGCUGCAAGUCUGAAACGGAUACAAGAUCAGUAUUUUAAAAUCAAAUAUCAUCAAUUGGUGUGGCUUU